CUAGGGAACGCGUGUUAGCAGGACAAGUUGCUGUAGGAAGAGGCCAGAAAUGAGAAUGUAAGGAAUGGUAGCUAAAGAGGAACAAGUGACCAAAGCUUCUUAUUUUUAACAAAGAAAUAUUGUUCUUCAAGAAGCCCAGAAGAGCCUAUACCUUUUGGUGAGAGGGUUGAGGAACAGUGGGUAAUGGUUCAUGUGGCAGCACCAGUCUGACAGCAGAGUAAGGGGGUUGAGAGAAACAUUGAGAGAAAGCCAUGGGAAGGCAGAUAACAUUAAAAAAUCAAAUAGCAAUGUCUUAUGGAAGACACAAAGGCUCAGAAAUAGGUUAGCAAAGGCAGGUAGAAAAUUAACAGGCAAAAGGAAAGUUAGAUUUCGGAAGAAGGUGCAGUGGAAUUAUGAAGACCAAAAGACUGACAUUCAGCAGCAAAUCUGAAGAUACAAAAGGGAUCAUCCAGAGAGAGGAAACCUCCAUGGAAAAGGAGAUGGCUGGCCACCACAGGGAAUACUUCCACCUUGGUGAUGUUAUGUACUUUGCCAAGAAGGCAUGUGAGGCAGUGGCAGAAGAUGAAGUCACCCGGCGCUUCUCCUCAGAGGAGCUGCUGUCCUGGAAUCUCCUCAGCAGAACCAAUGCCAACUUUCACUGUGUCAGCUGGCAACUGACUGUUGUGUGGAUCAUUGGGAUCCUGAUUCGGUACUGUCUCCUGAUGCCUUUUCGCAUCUGCUUGGCUUUCUUCAGCAUCCUCUUGCUGGUAUCUGCAACUACAGUACUAGGACAGUUUCCAAAUGGCAGGGUUAAGUGCUGGCUGAGCAACCAGGUUCAGAUGAUGUGUGCUGCGUUAGGUCUCCGAUGUCUGAGUGGUCUUGUUCAGUUCCACAACAGGGAAAACAGACCACGGAAAGGAGGCAUCUGUGUAGCUAACCACACAUCUCCAGUAGAUGUUCUAAUCCUGGCUAGUGAUGGAUGCUAUUCCUUGGUUGGCCAGGUACAUGGAGGGCUUCUGGGACUUAUUCAGAAAUCUUGCAUGCAAACCACUCAGCAUGUUUUGUUUGAACGUUCAGAAAUGAAAGAUCGUCAUCUGGUGAGAAAAAAAAUCAGAGAGCACAUUGAAGAUAAGGCCAAAUUACCCAUUUUGAUUUUUCCAGAAGGCACCUGCGUAAACAACACAUCAGUUAUGAUGUUUAAGAAGGGAAGUUUUGAGGUAGGAGGGACCAUCCAUCCAGUAGCAAUCAAGUAUGACCCCCGCUUUGGAGACGCGUUCUGGAACAGCACAAAGUAUUCCAUGAUGACCUACACUUUUAAUGUGAUGACCAGCUGGGCUAUUGUCUGUAAUGUGUGGUACCUGCCACCAAUGGUCAAAGAGGAAGAAGAAGAUGCUGUUCACUUUGCCAACAGAGUCAAGGCAGUCAUCGCUGCUCGAGGAGGAAUGUCUAUACUUCCUUGGGAUGGAGGACUGAAAAGAAAAAAAGUCAAAGAGUCUUUCAAGGAAGAGCAACAGAAAAAAUAUUGCCAGAUAGUAACAGAAAAUGGAUCUGUGGGAAAUGGAAAUGUUUAUUAAAUGGUAUUUAUUUUCUCUCUCUCUUUUUUUUUUUUUUUUUUUUUUUCAAGACUUAA